CUUGAACGUUCUAUGUGCACGCAUGUCGACAAAUAUUUUUGUUUUCCUGCGAGAGAACGAAUACGAACAAGAGAAAGUCAUCUAUUGCUAUGCAUAUGAAUGGUCGACAUUGAGCUUCUUCCCGCAUAAUUAACAGUUCCUGCGCCGCCCGUACUAUCAAUCCCAUAUUUAUAGUGAUGAAAAUAAUUCGUCCUCGUGCUUCCUUCCCACCCCCCAUCGGUCCUUCACAGCUAUGGACGCUUCACAAAAGUUGUGCCCUCAGCAAUCGGUGCGUGUCCCUCUCUUUCAACGCGUGGCAAAAAUGCAAUUUACUCACUCGCACGUUGAAGCCUGUUGUUGAAAUUUUGUGAAAAAGCCUCUUGUUAGCCUCCUCCGUAUCAAAUACUCACUUUGUUCCUACCUCGAUAUUGAUUCAGAGCAAGUGUCGUGACCGCAGGUAGAACAAAAAUGCAGCAGUCUGGUGCCAAUCGCCGGGCCACGACGCAGCCGCUCAUCCACCAGGGGAGGCAAGUAUCGUCGUCAUCCGGAGCGGAUACGGUCUCCGUGCUACCGACCACGAGCAGUUCUACUGUUGCAACUCGCGGCCCUGCGGCCCCAGCCUCUACUAGACCAUGUCUCGACGUGGUCGCACCCACUGCCCCCACGCCCAAUAACUUUGGCCAAAGUUUGUUUUCCAUCAAGAUGCGGCUGCACGAAAUUUGGCACUUAAUCCCGACGAAUACGAGUGGCACUAUUAACCACGGUCGUGCGCAAGGCCAAGACCCUUUGAUAUCGUCAUCACAACAGGGUGGACGGCAGGAACAAGAUCCUCGUGCUCGUCUGCCAGCCUCAAGACCCUUGAUGAACCCCCUGCCGGAGGGCGCGCGGAUGCUGUGCCGCGGAAAGUGCGUGACGGGGCCGAAAAUGGAUUUUGGGUACAUGGCCUGUGCGUACUUUUUCAUCCUCGUCCCGACGUUUUGGUUUUUGUUCGUCCUUGGACCGGAUUUCUGGUACGCUGGUACGGAUGUCGCUUCAGCAUCUGUGGUGUGGAACAAUCGUGGUCCUCUCGAGGACCUCCACACAAAUAUCGCGGUGGAUGAAGAUUAUGUCGAUCGUCCCGACGAGGUGAACCAAGACCAACAAACACACGACAAGCAGGUGAUGAGCAUAAUGGAACAUCAAGACUCGUUCUUCGCAGGAGGUCGACCUGUUGCGACGGCAAGUGGGGGAAUGAUUUCGUCCGGGCGAGUACUUGGAUCAACACCAGAAGUUGUACUAGACCUUCUACAACUUUCUCCAGAAGACCAACACAAGCUUUCUGCGGGAAUAAACGAAAUGCUUUUAAAAGCAGCAGCCACCAACCUCUUGUCGCACAUCUGGUUUCUGCCCGCGUGCGUGUUUUUCCUGUUGGUUUGCACGAUAACGUUUCUGUUACUCACCUCUUGCACGGACCCGGGGAUUCUGCCCCGGCGGGAGAUCCUGGAUCUGCUUCCCGGGCUGGAAAAGGAGGUGAAUGAUUUCAUCGGCUUCCACCGGGGGGACGGUGAGUGCGCUGGGUUCGGUGAUGUAUCCGGACCAAUGAACGGGAUGACCUCGUCGUCCCAUGCGCACCAGAGCGGAACGACUAGACCGGCCGGCUCCGUGAAGUGGUUUUUGCCGGCGGGCACAAGGAAGUCGCAUUUUCCACUGGUUUAUUCUGGAGCUACUUUGUCUCCUGACACGAUGUUGAACAAAGAUGAUGCGGGCGGUACAAAUUGUAGAAGAUCGAGCCAUGUUCUUUUUGACGCGGACCACAGGGCGAGCUUGCAAAGUGAAACGGAGUUAAGUUUUGAAGACAAUCAACUGAACUACAGAAGCGAUAGCGCAAAGAACUCGACCUCGGGGACCAGCAGUUGUUCCAGUGCCGAGAUGUUAAAAGCGAGGACGCCGCUAGUAGAGGCAAAACCGAGCCUCGUCGCAGAGGACCCGCAGGCGUUGUUUCACGGCAACAGUAGAAAACAGGAGCCAGCUCAUGAUCAGAAAGACGCUAGCGAAACAGACAAAGCUGGAGCGACUUCUGUGCAGCAAACCGCCAUGGCUUCCGCUUCUUCAUCUGUCCUCGGAACCAACCCGAGGCUAGCCGCUGGGAUUCGGCGCAUCCGACACACCACGUCAGGGAACACCAAUGGCACGGGAGAGCAGGGAAGAACUGCAAUAGCCUGUGUUACGUCAGCAGCAGAUGCGCCCCCGACGAGUGGAGGAGCGAGUUCGAAGAACAGCCGAAACGCUAUAGUCGGCACCACCAAUACGCCCCGGGGCACGACAAAGCCUCCCGACCACUUGCAGACCUUCCACGCCGGGGGCGUGGCUACUAGUACAACUGCCGCGGCCAUCAGCAGUGGAGGUGCCAAACCUGCUGCGACUACAAGCGCGCUCUGUACAACAACUUCGGCCCCGAGUUCCGCCCGGGGGAGUGUCACAUCGGUGGUCUCUACUGCGGCAAGUAGUACAUCGGUGCAAGAAGGAGUACAAGUGACGGCACAGGUGGGGGUCCGUCGUGCGGGCGAAUCAGUUCCGUCGGCACCACAAUUUUCGGUGGAGAGAAGACCUCACGAUCUGCGCCUGCGGAGAGACCGGCUUGCGACCGGGACAAACGAACCGGCGGGCGUUGCUUUACUGGAUGGAACAAGCAUGAUGGACAACGCAGCAGCGGCGCUUUCAGACAUCAACGACCCCAAACGUGCUGCAAGCGAAGAUAGAAAUUUUUCCGAGGAGGAUCAUGCGACUGACAAGAAGGUUACCAAGCACGUUGCAAGAGCACCAUCAGCCUCUCCCGCCGGCGCUCGUCCCAUGGCCGUACAGCAACAACUCCAUUGCGCGACGACGCUGACGGUGGACGAGAUGCGGCAGGGCUUUCGGAUUUGCCGGGUGUGCCAGAUCGUGCGGCCGCCGCGCGCCGGACACUGCAGCGACUGCAACCACUGCGUCCGCCGGUUCGACCACCACUGUCCCUUUGUUGGGAACUGCAUUGGGGAACGGAACUACACGUUUUUCUACCUCUUUCUCUCCAGCCUGUCCGCGCUCGCGUUUUCCGUGAUCGUGGGAAUCUUUCUCUGGACGGUAGUCGAGGAGAACACGAGUGGGGUAUCGAAUGUAUAAACGUCCCACCCCGUAGCCAAGUCUGCAAGACCACAAAUAAUUCGGGAGUUUUCAGCCUCAGGCCAUGACAGGCUCAGCUACGCAAGGGAGCCGCGCCCAGCUAGUAGACCCGCAUAUUUUUAGCAAAUCCACUGUAUCAUCCUUUCUAGUAGAGCAUGAUCGCAAAGUUAUAAAAUUGGCUAGAAAAAAAUAAAGAAAAUGGCUCGCCGCGCUCUGAGGCGAACCCGCAUGAGACACUUGGUGGGCGUGCUGAUUUGCAUGGCCACAAGUUCUAAAUAUGGGGUGGGUACGUUUUUGCUCAGGAUAGGGGGGUGACGAUCCUGACCACAAGCACCCGAGCGACUACGGGAAGAAGUACGGGGUCAUUUUGUUCGGCAUCUUCAUCGGCGGCGCCUGUGCGGUCUUGGGGUUACUACUGUUCUCCUUCUGCAUUUGCCAUCUGGUCUUGUCCUGCCAGGGGCGGACCACCCGGGAGUUUCUCCUUCGACGGAGCCACGAAGCCAGUACCAGCCGCAGCAUUGUCGAACAACGAGAACGACCUCGACAAGCCGGUAUUUUUAGCCACACCCAGCAACAGAAUCUGUACCUACAAAACCUGCAAAGUUCAUCUGCGAACACGAACACGCUAUUCGCGCCGCGCGGUCCGUCGUUCUUGAAGGUGAACGCGCUGGUGAACGUGCAACUGAUUUGCCCGCCCGCAGACGAUGUCUUUCCCGAUCUAGGAGAAGAGUGUCGUGAUAACGAGCCCGUGGAAGAUGAUCAUGUUCCCGCUACUUCUGUGGGAAUGCAUGAAGCCGCCCGGAGCGGCGUGGAAAGGCACGCAGGGGGGUGGAUGAUGCGUGAUGCAAAUAAUGCCGCGCUGGAAACAUCAGGAAAUGACGUUACACGAAGUCAUCCACCGCAGCCGAUGGAAUUGACACAGCAAGUCUAAAAAGAUUUGCAUAGCGCAGGCGAAGAUAUUACAGCCGGAUACAGCGACAUCGUUGUCAUUGUGGUUGCUAUAGCAACGACUUCUAGGCAAGAACCUCCAAAAAAACGAUUCAGCACUUCGCUGUAUUUGUUUGCUACCUGCGCACGAGGUGAA